UACAAGGGCUUGGACAUCAUCACGAACAAGGUUUCUCCACAGGAGCAACGUCUGUGCAGACACCACAUGAUCAGCUUUGUGGAUCCCCUUGUCACUAACUACACAGUGGUGGAUUUCAGGGACAAAGCUGUGGCUCUGAUUGAAGAUAUCUUUGCCCGAGACAAGAUCCCCAUUGUUGUGGGAGGAACCAACUACUACAUCGAGUCCCUGCUCUGGAAGGUCCUUAUCAACACCAAGGAGAAGACCAACACUGCCCCUGGAUCUGGCAGGGACAGGAAAGUGGAGCUGGAGCAGCUGGACAGCACUGAGCUCCAUCACCGCCUGAGCCAGGUGGACCCAGAGAUGGCAGCCAAGCUGCACCCCAAUGACAAGCGCAAAACGGCCAGGAGCCUCCAAGUGUUUGAAGAGACAGGGAUCCCCCACAGUGAGCUCUUGCACCAGCAACAGAGGGAGGAAGGUGGGGGGCCUUUGGGUGGACCCCUAAAAUACCCACAUUCCUGCAUCUUGUGGCUCCAUGCAGACCAGGCAGCUCUGGAUACACGGCUGGAAAAGAGGGUGGAUGACAUGCUGGCUGCAGGGCUGCUGGAUGAGCUGCGUGACUUCCACCGCCGCUACAACCAGCAGAAGGUGGCUGAGAACCGGCAGGAUUACCAGCAUGGCAUCUUCCAGUCCAUUGGCUUCAAGGAGUUCCAUGAGUACCUCAUCAGUGAAGGGAAUUGCUCACCUGAGACCAGUGCCCUGCUGCUGCAAAAAGGGAUCCAGGCCCUGAAACAGGUGACCAAGAGAUAUGCCAGGAGGCAGAACAAAUGGGUCCGAAACCGUUUCCUGAAACGUCCUGGGCCCAACGUGCCCCCAGUGUAUGGCUUGGAAGUGUCUGAUCUCCUGCGGUGGGAGGAGGAUGUGGUGAAACCUGCGCUGGAGAUUGUGGAGAGCUUCAUCCAGGGCCGGGAGCCCCCAGCACAGCCAGUGAAGAUGGAGCAAGAUGUGAACGAGAACAAGCGAAGUCAUCGCGUGUGUGAGCUCUGCAACAGGCUCAUCAUCGGGGACAGGGAGUGGGCAGCUCACACACGAUCCAAAUCCCACCUGCACCACCUGAAGAAGAGGAGGAAGCUGGAGGCAGCAGGCCAUGCUGCAGGGACUGUGGGGAACAGUGGGGAUGCAGAGACCUCGGAUGAGGAUGGCAAACUGGCCUUGCCAUAG